GCUGAAUCCCUCCCACAAGCUGCUUGUAGGACUUCCCUCGUGAUGGGAGGGUAAUAAAUAAGUGCAGCAGUGUUUACAUUCUGCAGCUUGCACACCUGAAGGAACACUAAAGGAAGGAACACUAAAUAUCUGUCCAUAUUCUGAUGAGUGGCAUCAGUAUCAGACUCAGCUACAACAAUUCAGCACAAUCCCCAUCCAUGGGUUUUGGGCCUGAUGUCAAUCUAGAGGCGAGCUUCAAAACCAGCUCGUACCAACCUGAGCAUAUUCUUCAGCAGCUGAAUGUCUUCAGGAAAAGUGGCACCUUCACUGAUGUUGUCCUGCAGGUGGAGAAACAUGAGUUUCCAUGCCACCGUGCUGUGCUGUGUGCAUCCAGUCAAUACUUUCGCACCAUGUUUAUGGGCCAGCUGCGUGAGAGCAGUCAAUCUGUGGUGCGGCUGAACGAGGUUUCUGAAGUCGCUCUAGAGCACCUGCUGGACUUUGUUUAUGAGGGCCAGGUUCAGCUCCAGGAAGAGAAUGUGGAGACGGUUUUUCAAGCUGCUGACCUGCUGGAUGUGCCUGCACUGUCCAAAGCCUGUCUGGAUUUCCUGCAGAAGUGCGUGUCUCACUUGAACUGCCUGGGUCUGAUAGAAUUCGCCAAGCUCUACUCACUGCAGCCACUGCUGAAACAGUGCCAGGAUCUGCUGUAUCAGGACUUUAACAUUGUAGCCAAGCACGAUGAGUUCCUUGAGCUGCCAGUGGAGAGAGUGGUGGAGCUUUUGGAUUCUGAAAAGCUACAAGUGCAGGAGGAAGUCCUGGUGGAGGCUGCUCUGUUAUGGGUUAACCAUCAAAGGAGCAAGCGGAAAGCAGCACUAGGAAAGCUACUGGAGAGACUUCGGCUGCCCUUAUUAGACCCUGUGUUCUUUACCAACAUGCUGGAGGCUGAUGAAUUCAUCCAGGAAUCACCUGACUGCAGGAAGCUGUUACAGGAGGCGAGACUUUAUCGCAUAUAUGGCAGAGAGAUCAGCUCGGAGAGAACCAAACCAAGAAGGCAGUCUGACUGGGCUGAGGUGAUUGUGGUUGUCGGAGGUUGUGACAAAAACAGGAUUUCAAGAUUCGCCCUCACAAACACACAGGUCCCCACCCCUGGGACAUGGCUCACUUCAGUCAGUGUGCCAGGAUAUAAAUAUGAAUUUGCUGUCUGUGAACUUCACAAUGACAUUUAUUUAUCAGGUGGGCAGCUGAACAGCACACAAGUGUGGCGCUUUAUGGCUCAGUUAAACCAGUGGGUUUCUGUGGGUAGCAUGCUGAAGGGAAGAUGGCGACACAAGAUGGUCUCUUUGUGUGGAAAGCUGUAUGCUGUAGGAGGAUAUGAUGGAGAGCAAAGGCUGACCAGCGUGGAGUGUUAUAGCGUGUUUGAGAAUGUGUGGAAGCCUGUGGCUCCAUUGCUUUUGCCUGUCAGUUCUGCUGCUCUAGCCAGCUGCUGUGGAAAGCUUUAUGUAAUCAGUGGAGCUGUGAGUGAAGACUGCAACAGCAACAUGCUUCAGUGUUACGACCCUGUUAAGGAUCAGUGGACAUGCAUGAUGUCCUGCCCUUUCUCUCAGAGGUGUUUAAACGCAGUGUCACUGAACGGAUUAGUCUACGUAGCCGGGGGUCUGUUGGAUGUGCUGUUCUGUUACAGUCCCAAGGUUGACUCAUGGAGCAAAGUAGCUGAGCUUCCCAUGAAAUUGGAAAAUUGUGGGUUGGCUGUUUGUGAUGGGAAAGUGUAUAUCCUGGGUGGCCGUGAUGAAUUUGAAGUUGCAACUGACUGUACAUGGGCAUUUGACCCACUGAGCGGCCAGCUGACCGAGGAGAUGCCCCUAACACACAGCCUGGGCAACCAUGGAUGUGUUACUAUCACACAACACCUACAGCACAAAUAAAAUUAUCUUUUUAUUUUCAUUUGAAGCAUGAAAAGUCCUAAGGUCAUCUAAUACCUUGUUUACUUGAGAUGAAUUUCAUUCUUUAAUCCUUGCUGCUUAUAAUAUCUAGUCCAAGCCAUAAACUAGUACAAGCCUUAAGUGUUAUUAAUUCAUUUUAUUCUCUUCAGGAAAUAAAAUAACAACGACGACAACAAUAGGAACAAUUACAAACUGUGAUAAUAUAAAAACUGUGAAUUUUGAAAGGAAUACUUCUCUGUGAAUCAUGUUUCGCACUGUUAAUACACUUUGCUGCUUUGCCUUUGUAUUUUUUUUUUCAAUCUCUUUUCUAUUAUCCUCAAGUUAUCAUAUUUUUGUUCUUUGCCAGUUUUAACCUUCUGUUAAUUUGUCGAAUCAUUAUUUUAAAUAGUGUUAUUCUAAAUCAAUAAAGAGAAGUUGGGCUAAAUAA